AUGUCGCCUCAAGACUCCAUCGACAGCCACGGCCCUCCAACCCGCUUUGCGGUGGCACUGUACCCGGGAUUCCAAGCCCUGGACGUGUUCGGCCCGCUCGACAUCCUCAACAUGUUAUCCAAGAUCCGUCCUCUAUCCCUAGAAAUCUUAUCCACAACGCUUGACCCGGUCCCCACGCUGACUUCGUCUUCGGGUCAUACUACGGGCCAAUCUAUCAUGCCCACGCGCAUCUAUGCUGAUGGCGUCGACGACAUCGAAGUUCUGCUCGUCCCGGGCGGCUUCGGCUCUCGCGACCCGGCGAAUGUGGCGCCCGUCGUCGAGUACGUGCGCGCAGCGUACCCACGUCUUAAGUACCUAUUGACGGUGUGCACGGGCAGCGCAGUGGUAGCCACGUCGGGUGUAUUAGACGGACGGCGCGCGACUUCGAAUAAGAGGGCCUGGGAGUGGAAUUCUCUCAGCCCCCUUUUCCCCUUCCCACCUACCCUGCCCUACCCCUUAGCUGUAAGUGCGGUAAUUAACGGGAAGCGGUGGCGACAAAAGGCCACGGCGCAGGGCCCGCUCGUGAACUGGGUGCGCCAGGCGCGCUGGGUGACAGACGGCAACAUAUGGACGUCGUCGGGCAUCUCGGCGGGUAUCGACAUGAUGUACGCCUUUGUCGCAGACCAGUACGGCGAGGAUGUCGCGCAGACUCUGGCCAAUGCGUCUGAGUAUGUCCGGAAUACGGACCCGGAGUUUGAUCCAUUUGCCGGAAAAGCGGAGAACGGGAUAACGAAAUAA